AUGGUGCUGCAGCAGGUGCACAAAAUGGACUUGGGACUAAAGGGUAUGGUGCUGGAUUUGGUGUGCCUAAUGGGAAUGGGGCUAAAACAAACGGACAAGGAGCUGCAGCUGGACCAUCCAACGGAAAUGGGGCGAGACCAAAUGGUUCCAGCUGGAAGUAAGCCAAUGAAAGGUUUUGGCCGACCACCUUUUGGUGCAGGUCAAGGUGUGGGGAUGGGAGGUCUGGGAGUUCCACAACUUGCCAGAAACCAAGGAUAUGGCAGUAAUGGUUAUAAUGGUUAUGGGGCUCAACCCAGGGGAGGCUACACUGGUGGUUUUGGUAGUGCUGGUUUGGGACUGGGACCGCGGUAUGGAAACGGAGGAAUGAAGGGACCAAAGCAAGGCUAUGGCGCUGCUGCUGUUGCCUCCAAUGGACAUGGAACAAAAAACAAUGGUAAUGCAGGAGCCAGAGCCCCUAAUGGGAAUGGAGCCUUACCAAAUGGAUAUGGAUACCCGAAUGGUGGAGCUAACAAGCAAGCAAAGCCAGCUUAUGGCAAUGGUCAAAAUGGAUAUGGUGCAAAACCAAAUGGAUAUGGAGCCAGCAGAGGAGGUGCAAUGAGACCCCAACCAGGUUUUGGAAAUGGAGCUGUUCCCAAUGGAUAUGGAGCUAAACCCAAUGGUUAUGGAGCUGGAGCUGGAGCUGUCAAAGGAAACGGGGCAAAACCCAAUGGUCAUGGAGUAAGAAAUGGAGCUGCACUCAAUCAAUAUGGAGGAGCACUCAAUGGGUUUGUCCCGAGCAGAGGCUCAAAACCUCAAGCUAACAAAGGAGCUGGAGCUGUGUCACCUGGUGAAGGGGCGAAAUCACUCGGAAAUGGCUAUGGUGGUGUUGCUGGUGUACAGAACGGACAGUUUGCAAAAGCAGGCAAUCCUGGUUUCGGCACAAUGCCUUAUGGUAAAGGUACAAACACUGCAGGGGCAACAAAUGGAAAAAGCCUUAAAGGGGAAGUUUUCUCUCCAGAGCAGCCCAGCGCAGCACCAGAGGAGGUGUUAGUCCCUCAACAAGCGAUAACUGAAGGUGCAGCACCCGUCACCCCUGAGCCCACCAGCGGUAUCCUCGUUAUGGUGACACAAGAGAGGCAUCAGACACUGCCCUAUCCUGUGCCACAAGGGAAAAGCUACAAGACACCACUGAUCCCUUUUGUUACACAAGAACCAGCACCAGUGAUUCCUCAAGAACCAGAGCCUGCACUAGAAACCACUCCUGAAGCAGCACUUACAGGUCCAAAGGUGGUAACAUCUGGACCUGGACCAGUGAUUUACCAGACUGCCCCAGCACCAGAGCCAGAAGUGGUCCUUUCUCAAGAGAACGGAGGUGUACCCACCAUGUCCAAGGGACAGGGAGCAAAACCAACCAAACCUGACUGUGGACCAUCAGGAGUACCAAAUGGCCAGUGGAUGAAGAUACCUCGGCCAGGUUAUAAUGGAGGUGCUGGAGCUUCUGCUGGCACAAACACAAAAGGUUAUGGAGCAGGAGCUGGUGUUCCCAACGGAUAUGGUUCUCAACCCAACGGAUAUGGUGCCAAUGCAGGAGGAUAUUCAAAUGGAGGAGCAGCUAAAGCAAAUAAACCAGGUUAUGGCGCAGGAGGCUACGCUGUCCCUGGACUGAGCAAUGGAUAUGGAGCUGGACUUGGCUAUCCUUAUGCAGGGAAACCUCAGCAACCUGGCUAUGGACAAGGAGCAUACCUUGGAGCUGGAUAUGGAAAUGGAAAUCCAUUUGGAGGGUAUGGAAACGGAAAUGGCUAUGGUGCUGGUGUACAGCCAGAGUUUGCUGGUCUUGGCCAAGGUGUACCCACUGCUAAUGGCAAAUCAGGUGGUGCCAGACACAUGCCUUACAAUGGAGCUCCAGUGAUUCCUGCAGCACUAGAUGGAAUGAGUCAGUUUGAGCCUCAGUCGGCUGGCUUUGGUCCAAAUGGAAAAAGCGGCAGCAUGUACGGUGGAAUGGGUGGCAUGCCUGAUGGCGGUCAGCACCGGGGAAUGGGUGCAAAGACAUCAAACGCAAAGUAUGGCAUCGGUGGGUUGCAGUUUGGUGGACAGCAAAUCAACAGAGGGACUAAUGGAGCAGGCAGUUAUGGAUAUGGUGGAAGUCCCUAUGGACCUGCUGGUAAUGGCAAAUCAUCUGGAAAACAUGGGUAUGGUGGGUACCCCAAUGUUGGGCAACUUCUCGGCCUUGGCAGUAACGGAAACGCUGCCGGAAAAUAUGGUUAUGGAAGAAUGCCUUAUGAAGCUCAGCCAGCUGGACUGAGUCCUGAAGCCAAAUCUGCUGGCAAAUAUGGUCCAGCUGCAGCACAAUAUCAGCCUGAGCAUCAUGGACUUGGACAGAAUGGAAAAUUAACAGGUGGUGGUGAAGUUCCCUACGCACCUCAAGCUCUUGGUUAUCAGGGUCAGACAAAGUCUUCCAGUAAAUACGGUAACCAGGGACCCUACCAGUCACAGCCACUUGAAUCUGCAUCUGAAGUCAGAUCUGGUGGAGGAUAUGAAACUGCUGGUUUAUCUUAUGAACCGCUGCCUGUGGAGCCUGAUUCAGCAGUAAAAUCCUUCGUGAAGGGAGGGGUACCGACCCCAGAGAUUGCAGUUGAAGGGGACGGGAUUGAUAGAUAUGAAAAUGUGGGCUAUAUAAACGGACAAGUGCAGCCAGAAGUUGUUAAUUUCCCAGCAGCCCCAACUCCUGGCCCCACUCUGGACUACCCCUCUGUCCCGUCCUACAUGCAGGUGGACUCCUCCUUCACUCCUGAUGCUGUACCUGAAGCAGGUGUAGAGGACCUACCUGACCCUGCAGGCACAACGAGCCUCACCUUAGACUCUGCAGCCGCUACAGAAACGCAGGGUGUUCUUCAGCUGCCUGAUCAACCUGAUGAUGAGCAGCAGCUGCCACGUCAGAUACACAUCCAGCAGCAUCUUAAACUGCAUUUUCACCAAAAAGGCAAGUCCAGAUGA